AUGGUAUUUUUUGCCUGUGAUCAAUGCGGCGAGUCAUUAAAAAAGAACCAGGUGGAGAAGCAUUCGUACAGGUGCCGCUCUCAGAGUUAUAGUUGCAUUGACUGUCAAGUUUGUUUCACUCCACAAAACUACCAACUACACAUCAAAUGUAUAAGCGAAAACCAAAAGUAUGGAUCAAAGAACUACGUUGAGAAGGAAGCAAAGGGAGAAAUGAAACAGAAUGCCUGGUGUGAACAAGUGGAACGAGCUGUCGAAUGUGUGAAAGACCCGAAACUGAAGUCGUUGCUGCAGAAUAUCCAAGGAUACAAUAACAUCCCUCGCAAAGAGGCUAAGUUCAUCAAUUUCUUGACCAACUCAUGUCGAAUACGAGACAGCGCGUUGUGUAAAAUGGCAUGGAAAGCAAUUGCUAACGAAGCUGAAAAGUUGAAGAAGGAAAAAGAGGAAAGGGAAGCUAAAGAGAUGGAGGAGAAACAAGCUCCUACAUCGGAAUCUGGAAAGCAAGACGAAAACGGUAACAUGCAGCCGAAUGGAAAUGACGAUUCUUCUCCCGCUGUCAAUUUCAAGUGGAAGGCGACAAUAAAGCGGAAAUUGCGUGAAGCUGGUGGGGAAAUGAAGAUUAAAAAGUUGCGUAAAACAGUGUUGAGUGCAUACAGAGAAGCAGCUGGGGACGAUGACGGAGCUGAAGAGUUGUUUGAGGCAAAGUUGGCUAAGAGUGGAGUAUCAGUCAACGGGAAAUUGGCCUCGAUAGCGUCGUGA